UUUAUUGCGAUAAUUUUAUCCCCUCUAUUUAUCAAAUCUCUCUCUUUCUCUCUCCUGACAUGAGAGUGAUUUAUUAACUUUUGUUUUUUACUAUUCUAUCUCUCCUCUUUCAAAAACCUACAACAUUCUCUCUCUAGGGUUUCGAAGGGAAUUUUCAGCUAAACCGGAGGGCACCCCACCCCAAUUGUAGGGUUCGUGCGACUUACUGAACAACUUUAUUGUGAAUAUCGGAUUCAAGAGAGGCUUCAAUUUCUUUUUCCGGGAAAAACAUAAAGACGAAAUCAGUUUAUUUUAGUGCCUUCAACGACAUAGUGAACCGUCAUAUCGCUGUAAUUUCUUCGUCGAUUUCAUGUUACUGGAUUGCGUCGCUUGCGAAUAAUUUUGUUGGUUAGGGUUGUUUCGAAUUGUUCGUCUACUUCGCUUACCAGCUAGACAUAGUUUAUAGCAAAAAAAAAAAAAAAAAGCACGAGGCGAAAUGAGGAAACAGAAAGGGAGGCAAAGUGUGAGAGAAAAGAGCACGAGCUGUUAGGUUUUAAGUUCGUGGUGUUUGGUAGAUGCUGAAUGAUUGCUAGUAUGGACUUAAAUGCUUCGCCGUUACCUGAAGAUGAUGAAGACUCAUAUGAAAGCCAUGUAGAACAUUACUCUGCACCAAAAGAACAUGUAGAAUCUGCAGUCGAAAUUUCACGGCGGGAACGUGAAGAAAGACGGAAGAGAUUGAAACAAGACCGACCAGAUGACCAUCCUGUGCAUGUUUCUCCGCCUCCUGUACGUGAUCACUUUUAUCAAAAUAGGAAUCCCAAGUUCUACGAUAAAAGUCGGAUCCCUCCUGGUUGGCUUGAUUGUCCUUCGGCUGGUCAGGAAAUAGGCUGCAUUAUUCCUUCUAAGGUUCCACUUGGUGAAUCUUAUAAUGACUGUGUUCCACCUGGUAAAAGAUACUCUUUUAAACAAGUGAUUCAUCAGCAAAGAGUUUUAGGAAGAAAGCUUGGUUUGGUGAUUGAUUUGACAAACACAUCUCGUUACUAUCAAACUCCAGACUUGAAGAAAGAAGGCAUUAAGCAUGUAAAGAUUCAAUGCAGGGGAAGGGAUGCUGUACCUGAGAAUGUGUCUGUAAAUGCCUUUGUUUAUGAGGUGUCGCAAUUCCUCCAACGUCAAAAAUCCAAGAAAUAUAUUCUUGUCCAUUGUACGCACGGGCAUAACCGCACUGGAUACAUGAUUAUUCACUAUCUCAUGCGAUCACAAUCAAUGUCUGUUACUCAGGCAAUAAAAAUUUUUUCUGAGGCACGUCCUCCAGGAAUCUACAAACCAGACUAUAUUGAUGCCUUGUAUGCAUUUUAUCAUGAAAGAAGGCCUGAAAUGGUUGUCUGCCCUUCAACUCCUGAGUGGAAGAGGUCUUCUGACCUUGAUCUCAAUGGUGAAGCAGUCGCUGAUGACGAUGAUGAUGAUGAUGAUGGAGGUCCAACUACAUUACCUAAGAGUCAUGAAACAGAUGUAGUGUUGACAAAUGAUGACAUUUUGGGAGAUGAAAUACCUCAAGACCAGCUGGAAUCAAUGCGGUUAUUUUGCUACCAAACUUUGAAGUUAAAUGUUGGGGUUAGAGGACAUGCACAAUUUCCAGGAUCACAUCCAGUUUCACUGAACAGGGACAAUUUACAACUUUUAAGACAACGUUAUUAUUAUGCCACUUGGAAAGCAGAUGGAACACGAUAUUUGAUGUUAAUAACUGUUGAUGGAUGUUACUUAAUUGAUAGGACUUUUAAUUUCCGAAGGGUUCAGAUGAGAUUUCCUUGCAGACACCCAAUUGAAGGUAUAGGGGACAGGACUCAUCAUUUCACAUUGCUUGAUGGGGAAAUGAUAAUUGAUACCUUGCCAGACUCACAAAAGCAAGAGAGAAGAUAUCUCAUCUAUGACAUGAUGGCACUUAACCAUGUGCCUAUCAUAGAGCGGCCUUUCUAUGAACGAUGGAAAAUGCUGGAAAAAGAAGUGAUUGAGCCUCGAAAUUAUGAACGCCAGAACAUUUACCAGAGCAGGAAUCCUUAUUAUAGAUAUGACCUUGAACCCUUCAGGGUGCGGAGGAAGGAUUUUUGGUUGCUCUCUACUGUAAAUAAGGUUUUGAAGGAAUUUAUCCCGAAGCUCUCUCAUGAGGCAGAUGGCCUUAUUUUUCAGGGCUGGGAUGAUCCUUAUGUACCUCGCACCCAUGAAGGCCUUCUGAAGUGGAAAUAUGCUCAGAUGAACUCUGUUGACUUUUUAUUUGAGAUUGGCAGUGACGACCAUCAACAUCUUUUUCUUUAUGAACGGGGGAGAAAGAAGUUGAUGGAAGGGCAUAGAGUUGAAUUCAGAGAUGUUUCAGAUCCUCCUCCUUCGUUCUCUGGGAAGAUUAUCGAGUGUUCUUGGGAUCUUGAUCAACAGGUGUGGGUCUAUAUGCGGAUCAGGACAGAUAAGUCGACUCCCAACGAUUUCAAUACUUUCAAGAAGGUUAUGCGAAGUAUAAGGGAUAAUAUCACGGAGGAAAUCGUAUUAAAUGAGAUUAAUGAGAUUAUUCGCUUGCCCAUGUAUGCUGAUAGAAUAAAGAUUGACAGCAAGGCCCACCUUCAGACAAAUUCAGUACGACGUAGGUGAUGGAUACUGGUUGUCAUGCAGCUGAUUGAGGUAUUGGAUGCUGGAGUUAGCCUUUCAUUGCCUGUGUGUUAAAGUGCUUUCAGGCUUCUUUUGGUAGGUAAGUUAGGUGCAUGCAUACUUGGGCUGUUGAGCACAUCAUGUAAAAGGUCACACUGGUAUCAUGUAAUUAGCUAUCCCCUUUUUUAGUCAAUCUUGUAGUUAUGUGCUAUGCUGGUGAGUUGUAUGAUCCAGGUGGUACACUAUUUUUCUUAUAGUUGUUCAUAUUAGAGGAUUAGCAUUAGGAUAACCAUGUAAAUUAGUGUUAAUUUUUCUUAUGUUGUGAUCUCUCAAGUUCUAUUGAAAGUAGCCAUUUUCCAGAA